AUGGAACCACAUGCACCCUUGGGACCCACCUCAUCAGAUGACGACAUGGAUCAUGCCUUUCAACAGAUUAUGACAGCCCAAGUUGCUGCUGCCCUGCGCAUUUGGAUGCGAGCAUUGGGGGUCGUGGAGACGCAGGACAACGCUGCCUCUCCGGCUUUGGUAUUCUACUCGUCGUUGGGCUCCAGCCUGCUCUCACCUCCUGGUGGACCAUGGCCUGAGCACUUCCAGCAGUUCCAGAGCCAGGUCUCCUCGGACACUAACAGGUUGCGUGCCGAGAAUGCCCUGGCUCAGGCUCAGCGUAUGAGGCAACAGCUGGAGAGGGAACGGACGCGCGCUGCAGGCAAGAUGAUGGUGGUUUUGAUGGACAUGUGGGUUUUGAGAGAAGUGAAGGCCGAGAUGCGGGAUGGACGGCUUUACCCAUCCCAGGAUUUCCAGGGCAAGUUUACUCUCGUGGACUACCGGAGCAAUCACAUGCACUACCUGGCGUUUACGAAUCCCAGUUUGGUCGGUCCAGAAAGCGUGGGACCUGAUGGUAUGACUACUGCAGACUGGGUGUUGCUGUCGAUGGCCAAAGGAAUCGAGGAGCUCUUGAAGAAGAACCAAGGAGCUGCAAAACCUGGGCAGCCCGAAGCUGUUAAGCCUGGGGCGCAGGAACUUCCGAAGCUCCCGGAGUAUGACCCCGAGACAGCGGCCAUCGACAUGGUGCAUUGGACGCCGCACAUUGGUCCGAUUCUUGAAGAUAUCUCUGACACUUCGGGGCUGCGGUGGGGAGACGCUGCGACAAUCCUCGUUGUGGUAUCAGGACGGUUGCAGUUGAAGCCGGUCGCUGAGGGCCAGUUGCAAAAACCCGAAUGGUCAAGGGUGGAGCGAAGGGCAGUGGCCAUGCUGUUGUCAGCCAUUCCAGAUUCCUUGAGGCGUGACAUCAUCACCCACGGUGACAUGACAGCAAUGGGGGUGAUGUGCAGGAUCUUGACGGUGUACCAGCCGGGCAACAAGCAGGAGAAGUCCUUAAUCCUCAAGAAUCUGGAGUCCCCGGGUGAAAGUACGUCUUCGUCUCACGCAGCUCAGGGGCUUCGCCGGUGGUUGUUGUGGUUGAAGAGGGCACGUACGUUGGGUAUUGUGGAACCUGAUGCUUCUAUCCUGAUGAAGGGCCUCGACAAGUUAACGCAGCGGGUGAUCCGGUCGGACAGCGAGCUCGCGUUCAGAGUGUCCUUGGUGAGAGCUUCGCUACAGGUGGAUAACAAUCCCCAGCCCUCUACGGUGCUGCAAUAUCAUCAACACCUUUUAGCUGAGUUGGAGACCCAGGCAGGGACCACUACCAAGGAGCCUUCGUCAUCCUCGACCACUACGCCUGCGAUCAAGGAUCUGACAGCAGCGCCAGGCCUGAGUACGAGUCCGGAGCAAUCACCGAAAUCCCCUUCGCCUACCAGCACCUCGGAUGUGUGUCGGUUCUACCUGAAAGACAAGGGCUGCAAUAGGGGAACAAGUGAGGAGAAGAAGGCAAAGUGUUUGGCGUGUGGUUCUACAAGCCAUAUAGCCAAGGAUUGCACAGUGCCCGGUUCCAAGCGGAAGGAGAAGGAAACGGCCGCAGAGUCAGGACGUGAAGCUUCGACGACUUCCUCAACUGCUACCACAGCUAUGGGUGCCGAUGGAACGUUGACUGCUACAGGUGGUCAGAGACCCAUGAAGGCGAUCGCGUUUGAGAGCCCGGAGGCCACGGAGAUGAAGAGUCUGAUGACUAAGGCGUUGGAGGAGAUACGCCGUGUGCAAGUUCUACGUGUGGAUGGAACUGUGGAAGGUCCUGGGGAGCGCAUGCACUUCGAGGAGAAGCUGCAGCAAUUGAGGGAUGUGACUGCGGCCUCAGCCCGACACUUGCAGGAGGUCACUGUGAGCUGGUGGACAGCGCUGCAACGAUAUGUGGACACCCGGGACGUGAAGGAUAUGAAGGAGGCGAUCAAUAAGGCGGCAUUCCUGAAGGCCUUGGAUGAGGAGGAGACGGUUCUGCUCCAUGACUUCGGCAAUAUGGAACCAUGGGAACGCUUCAAGGCCUUGCCGGUCAAUCGUCGUCGACGGAAGCGUCUCGGCACGCACGAUGCAGUGGUGCUGGACCUGGACAGGAUCAAGGGAGAUCUUCCGGAGGAGGAACUUUGGAAGGUGUUAUUAAAGUACGGGCGGCGUCGCAUCGAGACGGCCUUAGUCUUGGAGAAGCCUGCCUCGAAGAAGGUGGGUGCAACCUGGGCGGCGGAUGGAUCUUAUCAAUCGUUUGUCGAGGAGGCAGGCAUUGAGGGUUGGCCAGUGAGGAACGCGGCAGCGGGGCGACAGCAUAGAUCAAGCCUCCAUCCCAUGGCCUACACGUUGAGCAUUGAUGUUGCUGGCCCUCUGAAGCAUCAAGGAGUCACUCCGGAUUCAAAGGGAUUGCGAUACUUCCUGAGAGGGGCCUACAGGUUUCCGCGUCUUGAAGGAGUUAGUCCUGAGGCUGGUUUCCCAUUGCUGAAAGAUGAGGACGAGGAGUUCUCGGACGGGGAGGAGCAGCCUGGAGAUGUGGAUGCGUUUGGGGCAGGCGUUGAACCCGGUCCGGAUGAAACGCUAGAGGAUGGUAUGCCGUCUGAGGAGGAGGAGGAAAAGAAAGCGUGGAAGAAGAUGAGGGAAGGAUUCACGACUCCCAUCCCCUUGGACACUGCUUACUUCGCGGCGCCGAUGAGGAACAAGAAAGCCACCAGUGUUUUACCAGCAUUGCAGAGGAUCUAUGUGGAUGCGAAGGCCCUUGGAUUUCCAAUGCACCGAGUACAUGGAGAUAGAGCUGGUGAGCUGCGGAGUAAGAUGGUCAGGAACUGGGUCUUGGGAAAGGGAAUGUUGCCUACGACCACGGAGGGCGACAACCCGGCGUCGAACGGUGCAGCGGAAGCGGGCGUGAAAUAUUUGAAAAAACGGGUCAGAGUACUUCUUGACUCGGGCGCAGUGCACAAAUCCGCGUGGCCGCUUGCACUAAAUGCCGCCGCUUCGAUCCAAUGGUGCGACAGGAUGGGCUUGCCAAGCCCAAUGGUGGCGCCUUUCGGUUCUCCUUGCUGCGUUAAGAUCGAGCGCUACAAAACUGGAGCGGUUGAAGAUUUGGGACCGAAGUGGACAAGGGAGAAAUACCUGGGGCCAUCGACGGAUGUUCGAGGACCCGUGGAACCACCACCACUGAAGGAUGUGGCUCCUCCCUUGGUCGUGGAACCGGCAUGGAGACUGAAGUCAACGACAAAGCCCUCGGAUGUGAAGGUAAAGGCUCUUGCUCAACAUCUGCUGAGCAUGGAAGAUUUCUCGAAGGAGGGAUGCUUGGAGAUGUUAGAGAAGUUGGUGGUGGCAGCAAAGGCAACGCUGGGGGUGUUCACGGGCAAUGCAAUUCCUCCGCACACUGAUGCGCAUAUUCAACGAGGGUCUUGGAACUAUGUGGUGGAGAUCUCGGAUAGGUCGCAGCGGGGACUAUGGGUAUCUGGAGAUGAUCAGUCAAAUCCUACGAGGGGUGUCGCUGAGAGGGGUGAAGCGAUUCAACAACUACCUGAUGGAAGUCAAUGUUCGGGGCGUUACUACAACAUUGCGGAGCGUGCCACCGGCUUCAACCCGAAGAAAUUCUACGGCUUCACUCCCAACUCGGCAAAUGAUUGGUUGCUGGUUGGUUAUACGCCCUCUGGAGUGGAAAAGUUGAUGGAGGAGGACGAGUACACGGAUCGUGACGAUGAGGAGCCCCGAGGUCGAAACGCUGGCGUUGCAGAUCGACAAUAUGGCGGCGGUUGGACUCAGUUCCGACGGGGCUGGGUCAUGGAGGAUCGCCACGAGGAGUUGCGCCGUCAAUGGGGACUACAAACGUUGGUUUCAUCGGGCUUGACGGCCAAGAUCCUCCGGAUAUUGUUGCUGUGUGGUUGGAUUUGUGGGGCGAAGGCUGAAACCUUGGAGGCACCGUUGCAGUUGGAUGGCUCAAUCGAGUUCUAUGCCCUCAUGAUGAUGGCGUCUAUUGCGAUGGUGGGUGUCUGGGAGCUCAUGAGGUGGGCUUAUGGCAAGGCCUCCAAGUGGUUAGGUCGUCGUUGGGAUCCUAGGAGGAAUCGGCAUUUGGAACGGCUUCGCAACAUGGUGGAGGACGAGUUGGCGGAGCAACUCAAUGAUCGUCUUCAAUGGUCUGCUCCACAGCCUAUGAUGGUGGACGCUGAGGUCCAGUGCAACAUGGGCAUGACGCGGUUGAUGUCAGUUGAGCCUACGAGGGUGGAGAUUCGUGAAGUUGAACGAGAGGUUCAAACGUGGCAUCCGGGACCGUGCUAUGUCUCGAAUGGAGGAGACCACGUGCACGUCAUGAGGGACUGUUGGGGCCUUCGGAAUGCUGCACAUGUUCAAGUUCGCACAUUUUGUGCUUGCUGCCGAAAUGGAGGUCGGCAGCUCUACCCAGCAAGAACGAUUUGA